AUGGCUCCAACCACUUUUAAUUCCUCUAAUGGGAGCCGUACUGCCUGCAAGAGGGAGAGGCAAGAAAGGCCAAGAGAUGCUGAGAAUGUUCCUAGAGGGUCGGCUCAGCUGGAGAAGCUCACCAAGAAGUUUAUAGAAAGUUGGAGUGAGGAGAAGUUGAUCAGCCAUACUGACCGUCUAGUUGUUGAGGAUGAAAGUCCUGGACAGAUCUAUCACCGAGAGAGAAGAAACGCAAUCACUAUGCAGCCUCAGAGUGUGCAGGGGCUCAGCAAAAUCAGUGAGGAGCCCUCAACAUCUAGUGAUGAGAGGGCCUCGUUGAUCAAGAAGGAGAUCCAUGGAUCUCUACCACAUCUGGCGGAGCCCUCACUCCCUUAUCGUGGGACUGUGUUUGCCAUGGACCCCCGGAAUGGUUACAUGGAGCCUCACUACCACCCUCCUCAUCUUUUCCCUGCCUUCCAUCCUCCUGUACCAAUUGAUGCCAGACAUCAUGAGGGCCGUUACCAUUAUGAUCCAUCUCCUAUUCCUCCAUUACAUGUGCCUUCUGCCUUAUCUAGUAGCCCGACAUAUCCAGACCUGCCCUUCAUUAGAAUCUCCCCACACCGUAACCCCACUGCAGCUUCGGAGUCCCCCUUCAGCCCCCCACACCCCUACAUCAACCCAUAUAUGGACUACAUCCGCUCCUUGCACAGCAGCCCAUCCCUCUCUAUGAUCUCAGCUGCCCGAGGGCUGAGCCCUACAGAUGCCCCCCAUGCUGGAGUCAGCCCUGCAGAGUACUAUCACCAGAUGGCCCUGCUAGCGGGCCAGCGCAGCCCUUAUGCAGACAUCCUUCCCUCGGCUGCCACCGCCGCCGGCGCAGGGGCCAUCCACAUGGAGUACAUUCAUGCCAUGGACAGCACCAGAUUUCCUAGCCCUAGGCUGUCAGCUAGGCCCAGCCGAAAGCGCACACUGUCCAUAUCUCCACUGUCAGAUCAUAGCUUCGACCUUCAGACCAUGAUAAGAACAUCUCCUAACUCCUUGGUCACAAUUCUCAAUAAUUCCCGUAGCAGCUCUUCAGCAAGUGGUUCCUAUGGGCACUUAUCGGCAAGUGCAAUCAGCCCUGCCCUGAGCUUCACCUACCCCUCUGCCCCUGUGUCUCUCCAUAUGCAUCAGCAGAUCCUAAGCCGACAGCAAAGCUUAGGCUCAGCAUUUGGACACAGCCCUCCACUCAUCCACCCUGCUCCAACGUUUCCAACACAGAGACCUAUCCCUGGAAUCCCGACGGUUCUGAACCCUGUCCAGGUCAGCUCUGGCCCUUCUGAGUCCUCACAGAACAAGCCCACCAGUGAGUCUGCAGUGAGCAGCACCGGCGAUCCUAUGCAUAAUAAGCGGUCCAAGAUCAAACCCGAUGAAGACCUCCCCAGCCCAGGGUCACGGGGACAGCAGGAACAGCCUGAAGGAACAACCCUAGUCAAGGAGGAAGGGGACAAAGAUGAAAGCAAGCAGGAGCCUGAAGUCAUCUACGAGACAAACUGCCACUGGGAAGGCUGCACCAGAGAGUUCGACACCCAGGAUCAGCUUGUGCAUCAUAUCAAUAAUGACCAUAUUCAUGGAGAAAAGAAGGAGUUUGUGUGUCGCUGGCUUGAUUGUUCAAGAGAACAGAAACCCUUCAAAGCCCAGUACAUGUUGGUAGUGCACAUGAGAAGACAUACUGGCGAGAAGCCUCACAAAUGUACAUUUGAAGGUUGCACAAAAGCCUACUCGAGAUUAGAAAACCUGAAAACGCACUUGAGAUCUCACACUGGAGAGAAGCCAUACGUCUGUGAGCAUGAGGGCUGCAACAAGGCUUUCUCCAAUGCUUCGGAUCGGGCUAAGCACCAAAACAGAACGCAUUCCAAUGAGAAACCGUAUGUAUGCAAAAUCCCUGGCUGCACCAAGCGUUACACAGACCCCAGCUCUCUCCGGAAACAUGUGAAGACUGUGCAUGGUCCUGAGGCUCAUGUCACCAAGAAGCAACGUGGAGACAUGCACCCUCGGCCUCCGCCCCCGAGAGAUUCUGGCAGCCACUCACAGUCCAGGUCCCCCGGCCGGCCGACUCAGGGAGCCUUUGGUGAGCAGAAGGAGUUGAGCAACACUACCUCAAAGCGGGAAGAAUGCCUCCAGGUGAAGACGGUCAAGGCUGAGAAGCCCAUGACAUCUCAGCCAAGCCCUGGUGGUCAGUCUUCAUGCAGCAGCCAACAGUCCCCCAUCAGCAACUAUUCCAACAGUGGGCUCGAGCUUCCUCUGACUGAUGGAGGUAGUGUAGCAGACCUCAGUGCCAUCGAUGAAACCCCAAUCAUGGACUCGACCAUUUCCACGGCAACCACAGCCCUUGCUUUGCAAGCCAGGAGAAACCCGGCAGGGACCAAAUGGAUGGAGCACAUCAAACUUGAAAGGCUAAAACAAGUGAAUGGAAUGUUUCCAAGACUGAACCCUAUUCUACCCUCCAAAGCCCCUGCGGUGUCUCCUCUUAUAGGAAAUGGCACACAGUCCAAUAACAACUAUAGUUCGGGUGGGCCCGGGACCCUUCUCCCGAGCAGAAGUGACCUGUCCGGCGUAGACUUCACCGUGCUGAACACACUCAACAGGAGAGACAGCAGCACCAGCACCAUCAGCUCUGCCUACCUGAGCAGCCGCAGAUCCUCGGGUAUCUCCCCCUGCUUUUCCAGCCGCAGGUCCAGUGAGGCAUCACAGGCUGAAGGGAGACCCCAGAACGUGAGCGUGGCUGACUCCUAUGACCCUAUCUCCACAGAUGCCUCACGGAGGUCCAGUGAGGCCAGCCAGGGGGAUGGGCUGCCCAGUCUGCUCAGCCUCACACCCGUACAGCAGUACCGCCUCAAGGCCAAGUACGCCGCUGCCACUGGUGGUCCACCACCUACACCCCUGCCCCACAUGGAAAGGCUGAGCCUGAAGACCAGGAUGGCCUUGCUGGGGGAGGGCAGGGACUCAGGGGUGACCCUGCCUCCGGUUCAUCCUCCUCGGAGGUGCAGUGAUGGAGGAGGCCACACAUAUAGCCGGCGUCACCUGCUGCCUCAUGAUGCACUAGCAAACAGUGUAAGGAGAGCCAGUGACCCUGUAAGGACAGUCUCCGAGAACAUGUCACUUCCCAGGGUUCAACGCUUCAGCAGCCUCAACAACUUCAAUCCUCCAAGUUUGCCUCCAUCAGUGGAAAAGCGUAGCUUAGUGCUACAAAAUUAUACCCGGCCAGAGGGCAGCCAGCAGCCCCGAUACUUCUCAGCAUCCCCUUGUCCUCCCAGCAUCACAGAGAAUGUUGCCCUGGAGGCCCUGACCAUGGAUGCUGAUGCCAACUUGAAUGAUGAAGAUUUCCUGCCAGAUGACGUGGUACAGUAUUUAAAUUCCCAGAACCAAACAGGGUAUGGACAACAAUUGCAGAGUGGCAUCUCUGAAGACAGCAAAGUAGCCCAUGGACCAGAGGACUUGGACAUACCAGGGCUGCCAGACAGUCAUGUCGGCCAGCAGUACCCAGCUCUGGAGCAGCCCUGCUCUGAGGGCAGCAAAACUGAUUUGCCCAUCCAGUGGAACGAGGUCAGUUCUGGAAGCUCUGACCUGUCAUCUUCCAAGCUGAAAUGUGGUCAGCGCCCUACCGUACAGCAGGCUCGAGCCUUUGGGUUAUACAACAACAUGGUAGUACACCCACAGAAUCCAUGGAAGGUUGGGACUGGCCCAGCAGGGGGAUAUCAGACCCUCGGGGAGAAUGGCAGUACCUACAAUGGCCCAGAGCACUUUGUAAUCCAUGGUGGGGAUGGACCUGGCCCAAAUGGAAACGCUUUCCAUGAACAACCCUAUAAGACCCAGCAGUAUGGGAGCCAGCUCAACAGGCAGCCACUGACUUCCAGUGCGCUAGACAAUGCCUGUGGUGCUGGGAUUCAAGGGUCUAAGCUGAAAGGCAACACCUUGCAAGAGAAUGGAGGUUUGCUAGAUUUUGGGCUGUCCGCGGCACCGAAUGAGUUAGCUAGCAACACAGUGAAUGGCAUACAGACGCAAGAUCAAACGGGACAGGGGUACAUUGCUCAUCAGCUACUCAGCAGCAGCAUGCAACACCAGGGGGCCAGCCGCCCUGGUCAACAGAUCCUAGGGCCGGUCGGUGCUACCUCACAUAUCAACAUCUAUCAAGGGACAGAGAACUGCCUGCCAGGGACUCAGGACAACAGCAACCAGCCAUCGAGCAUGGCAGUGGUCAGGGGCUACCAGCCCUGUGCCAGCUAUGGGGGCAGCAGGCGCCAGGCAAUGCCAAGGGGCAGCCUCCCUCUGCAGCAAGGACAGCUCAGCGAUGUGAGUCAGACGAGCAGGGUGAACAGCAUCAAGAUGGAGGCACAAGGGCAGCCCCAGCAGCUCUGCUCUAAUGUGCAGAAUUACUCUGGUCAGUUCUAUGACCAAACCGUGGGCUUCAGUCAGCAAGACAGGAAAGCUGGUUCGUUUUCCCUUUCAGAUGCCAGCUGCCUGCUGCAGGGGACUGGCACUGAAAACUCUGAGUUACUUUCCCCAGGUGCUAACCAAGUGACAAGCACAGUUGACAGCUUUGAGAGUCACGACCUAGAAGGCGUGCAGAUUGAUUUUGAUGCCAUCAUAGACGAUGGGGACCAUACUAGCCUGAUGUCAGGGGCCUUGAGCCCAAGUAUCAUUCAGAACCUUCCCCACAGCUCCUCCCGUCUCACCACCCCACGGGCGUCCCUCCCCUUCCCCUCCCUAUCCAUGAGUACCACCAACAUGGCUAUCGGGGACAUGAGUUCUUUGCUGACCUCCCUUGCAGAAGAAAGCAAGUUCCUUGCAGUUAUGCAGUAGGCAAGGAGGACCACAAGUAGAGGUAAAACUUUGGACUUGAAAGAUUGAAUUGACUGUUUGGACCUUUUUUUUU